CGCCGUGUAGGCCGGAAUUAGGCUGUUUAUGUGCGACAAGCCGUAAAGUGCUUCGUCAGGGGGAGAACUGUGCGAGGAAUGUGAAACUCUAACUAAUAAAAACACCGGGUAGGAUUUACACACACGCUGAUGUAAAAUCAUGCCCCACUUGACUUCAGUAAAUGGAUUGGAUUAAGCCGUAUCUGUGAUGGUUUCAAAAUUAUAACACCCUUAAAAAAGGGAAAGGAAAAUACUGUGAAAGACUGAACAGGAUACUGCCUGAAAUGAGUCGCUUCAUCGCAAGCCACCACAGCAAGGCCAGAUUUCAUCAGUAUUUAACUGAAACAGAACGGCUCCAUAUCAGGAUCUAGCGGAAUGCUGGCUUGCCUAGCUGGAGAUAUUGGUAUCGUUACUGAUCGCAGAUCCCUGGUGUGUGUCGGUGGAUGAUGUGGGACAGCACUCCUUAGGAAGGGCAUUGUUACAGGGACUCCAUGAAGCCCAGGGCUCGCUGUCCUUGCCCAUGCCUGUGAUCCCCAUCCCUCGGCGGGUGCGCUCGUUCCAUGGGCCCCACACCACUUGCCUGCACUCUGCCUGCGGGCCAGUGCGCACCACUCAGCUUGUGCGCACCAAGUACAACAACUUUGACCUGUACCUGAAGUCACGCUGGAUGUAUGGCUUCAUUCGUUUCCUCCUCUACUUCAGUUGCAGUCUCUUCACCUCCAUCCUGUGGGUAGCGCUUUCUGCCCUGUUCUGCCUGCAAUAUGUAGGCAUCAGGGUCUUCCUGCGCUGCCAGUACAAGCUCUCCAUUGUCCUGCUGCUCCUGGGCCACCGCCGCCUGGACUUCAGCCUGCUCAAUGAACUCUUCAUCUAUGGGAUCCACGUCACCAUGCUGCUGGUUGGAGGGCUCGGCUGGUGCUUCAUGGUCUUUGUGGACAUGUAGCUGAGCAUCACAUUGACAGACUUCCUUUAUACUGCAUAUCACAGAUGUCUCUCUCUCUCUCUCUCUCUCUCUGUUUCUCUCUAACACAUUAUAUAUGUGUGUAGGGGAGCAUUCCUUACUUGGAUUUAUUUAUUUGUGAUAGAAGUUCUUACAAACAUUGCAUGUGUGAAGUUCAGAUUAAACAAACAUUUAUCUUUU